AUAUGAUUCCUGAAUACCGAGAUACGCCAUUAAUAUCACCGAUUCCACGGCCAACAAUCGAAACAUGUCCACCAUUAACAGAAUCACAACUACAAAUAAUACAACAGCAUCACCAUUAUUCUUUAUCUAAUCGAAUGAAUUUUCAAAGAUAA